AUGGCACUGUCUGUGUUGCUGCUUCCCUUUUCCAAGCUGCUUGUCCUGGCCCGGUAUCCUAGCGGUCCUUCUGCACAGUCAAAGUUCUACAUUCGGGAGCCUCUGCAUAACAAUCCUGACUGGUUGAAAUUUGGACUGACCUUAGGCACCACCAUCUUUUUGUGGGGCUACCUCAUCAACCUACAUAACGAAGAUGUUUUAGAGUAUAAAAGAAGAAAUGGGUUGAAAUAA